CUCUUAAGUGCAUAUUUGUUACUACUCAUAGAAGGCAAGGUCUUGUAAAAUGCUUUGUGGUUGGAUUGCAGCCUUUGGUGCCUAUGAUUUCAUGAUGGAUUUCACAUAUACGAAGAUGAGGUGCUGACUUCCUAUAUCAUUGCUAUGUAAGUAAGAUCUUGCUAGGGCUUUUUCUCAUGCUGUUGAAGACUUCAAUCGGAGGGUUUAACUGAGAAGACGGUUUUAGAGAUUUGCUGAGAGAAUGAGCGGAGCAGGAGCACCGGAUUUUUUCUACAGGGAAGCUCAACGCCUUGGCUAUGUUGCUCGUUCUGCUUUCAAGCUGCUGCAGAUACAGAAGCAAUAUAAGUUGAUAAAGCCAGGUUCUGCUGUUCUUGACCUUGGUUGUGCCCCCGGUGCUUGGCUUCAGGUUGCUUGUCAGAGCUUGGGUCCAUUGAAGAAUGGUGGGGCUGUUGUGGGAAUUGAUCUUAAGAAGGUGAAGGUUCCUUCUGUUCACUGCGAUUCCAGGGUUCAAACUGUAUCGGCUGAUGUCAUGAAACUACCCAAGCAACAAAUUAUGGAACUUUCUCCUCAGAAAAAAGGGUUCUCGGUUAUACUUUCAGAUAUGUGCCCCUUGGUUUCUGGAAUUACGACUAGGGAUGCAGCUUUAUCCUUUGAGUUAGGUAUGCGAGCACUUGAUUUGGCUGUUGGUAGAGCUGCCGACCUUUCAGAAGAUAAUUUUCAAAGUGAAGGAGAGUCAUACACUCCUGGUCCAGAUGAUAAUGGUGUACUGCUAUCCAGAGGGCAUCUUGUCAUUAAGCUUCUGGAGAGCGAGGAUAUAAAAGAGUUGUGCCAGAUCUGCAAAUCACUCUUCAAAAAGGCAUCAUGGUCAAGGCCAAAAGCUACAAGAUCAUCAUCUAGAGAAAUUUAUUUAAUUUGUCAAGAUUUGCAGUCAUAGACAGGAUCAGUUUAUUUUUUUGGGUUGGUCUCUUCUUCAAGUUCCAACAACCAGCAGCCAAGAUGAAGCUAUAUCUGCCUAAUGUUGCUGCACCUUAUGUUCCAGCCAUUUUCUAAUGCUGUUGUUAAAAACUGAGAAAACAGGUCAUAUCCAGGCUCAUUUCAUUUCAGCUGCUCAGCUCUCAUCAUCAUGUCCCAACAACCAGCUGUAGAAACAAAGCCAUGCUAAUUUUCUUGUCAUUUGUAAUUUUGUCAAUGUAGCCGGAUAGACAGGUCUUCUUAUAACUUUUGUUGCACAUAGGGUAUUUCUGUAUGUCUCAAUUGUGGAAAUGUGAGAUGUUGAUGGUGUUAUUAAUU